UCCACCGAAAAUAACCUGCAUGAGAGAGGGAGGAGGAAGCGGGGCUCUCCACUCUAACAUCAAGGGGAGAGAGAGAGGGGAGAGAGUGCGAUGCAAUAUGGAUUUAAAACUGCGCAAUUUCCAAACCUUCGCGCUAAACACGGCGAAGAAACGGAGCCAUCGGUGUGGCUCGCGCUCAGUGGACCUGCAGGCGGGCGCGAGCUUCCAGCGGGCACGGAUUUCUUCCUUCAGUAACUGCUGUGGACUCUGCGAAGAGGCACUGCAGCCCCGCGGAGCAGCGUGCGCAGAUGAUGUGGGCCCUUUUUGGAAAAGACUAGAAGAGGAAGAGGGAGGCUGUCUGUGGUCGCCGCUGUGCCACUGGUGAUGUUUGUGGCCACGUUUUCACCGAGCACAUCACCGAGCCCUGCGCUGCUGGUUUCAUAAGCACAAAUUUCAUGCUGCGUGUGCAGUUCGUGUUUCACAGCGAGGCGUUCAAAAUGCGCUACAUCUGAACCAGGCUCGAGAAGAGUGACUUUAAACGCGGUCAUGAUUCAAGCUGCGGCGUCCGUUCAGAGAAGAAACUGCGCAGUUGCUUUCUUUGGAGCUUGUAGUAUUUUUUACGAUGACGAGAAGGAAGCCGCCUCCCAGCCCCAACCGUCGUGUAUCAGCAGUGGACGGUUGUCCAGCAUGGUUAAAAUUCGGCAGGCCAACAUGAGAGUUAUUCUGGAUGGAAAGCCAGACACCAUCUGAAGGAAGACUGUGUUACUCAGUCACUCGGCCAAAGGGAUGAAAGUUUUCAGGAAAAGAAGGAAGAACAGAAUUGGAUGAUGCUGCAGCUCAGUCAGGAUGGCAUUAUCUGUGUGCUGGAGUUCACCAAGCAGCUGUCCGGAAGAGCAAGCAGAGAGAGAGAGAGAGACUCUGACAGAGGACUGACAGGUCCAGGAAGGAGCCGCUCCCAAACAGGAAGAGGACAACAGACUGCUGGCAGAUCGAGUCGAGGAGCUUUGUGGGGCCGAAGAAGAACGAGCUGUACUUGUAUGAGGACGAGUGUAACAGCAGAGUGAUCAAGGCCUGCCUACUUUGACAAAAUGAUUGGCUGCCAGAACUGAAGCCAGCAGUCAUUGAUAUUACCGGGAGCAAACACUAGAUGUUCAAUUGAAAGUUCUCAGGAGCAGCGGUAGACAAGUUCUCCUCAGUGUCUGUGUGUUGCCCUCUCUCUGCUGCAGUGGAGGGCUUCACGCACACAGGUAGUGUGGCUGGAUGCAUCACACAGCAGAGCAGUUUGGCGCGCGCAGCACACGGGACCCUUUCCCUCUAGACGGACUCAACCGUGGAACAUGGGCUCCCGUGAGCAGCCGUGCUUGGCCUCCUCCUGCCAGGUGCUCACCUGGUAUCAGUCAAUCCCAGUUCCUCCCAAACAUCCCGCCCAGUCACAUGGCAGGGCUGAACCAUCCAAGUAAAUUCUUCAACAGUGGCCCACUGGCACGCGGAGGGGAUAAGCUAGAACUGUCUCAGGCCUUGUUGCCAGGAUUACAUCGGGUACCACCUGCUACACCCAGGCCAUGGGAGCCGAUUGGUCAGCAUUAUGAUCAGUUGCCCAGUGAUGACCAUUUCCGUUUACACAACGGAUACAACACUGGACCACUUGCACACCUUACCGCCCGAGCCAACCAACUAUUGAAGUAUGGUCCCCUUUCUGCACACCAUGGCUCCAGGCAAAUGCCUCCUCUCUGUAAUGACAUUUGGGCACAGUCCCAGCAGCAGCAGCAAGCACCACCAACUAGGGACCCUUACUCUCAUGCUAGCCAGUUAAAGCGGUCAGCACCUCCAUUGGGAGAGCAAUCUGUCAUUCAGCAUACCCCCCAUCCUCAGAACAGGCCUAGUGAGGAUUGCCCUAGCCCGAGCAAGAGGAAGAGGAGCUCAGAAUCUGAUCAGCAUGGCGCUUAUCAGUUCCCUGGACCAAUUGGAUCUUCCUUGUCCUCACUGCAGCAGCCUCAGUCCCACUGUCCCCCACAAAAACAGGGAUUCUGGAACCCUUUGCAAAAGGGAAAUGCAUCCUGGAGCACAGCUGAACGGAAGGUGGAAUCCACAGAGUUUCAGGACUUGCGCAAACCAGGAAUAGAUGACUUUAGUUACAAACAGUCCCCAUCCUCCAAACUCUCACCUCUCUCUCCACCUCCCAUUUCCACCCCUGGAGGUUAUGGACAAGGCAGAGGUCCUCCAACCCAGCGCCACAAACCUUCUCUGUCACCACAGUCUAUGGGGUCCUCUUCUCACAGUGCCCACCUAAAUGACCGAACAUACCCCUACCCCAACAACAAAUCUUCAGCUCAGACUCAGGGGGAGCAACAGGGCAUUCCUUCCCACAGAGCGCAUGAUUCUGGGGUGAGCGCCACUCGCAGUCAAGCACCCCCUCCACGACCUUCACUAACACAGUCUAACAGGGAUUGCCCUGCCCCCACACCAGCACACCAUGCCACCGUGCCUUACAGCCACCCCAACUUCCAGCCCCAUCCAGGGCUGGUCCACACCACCAGCUCUUCUUCCAGCAGCAGGACACAGGCCACAGCACCUCAAUGCAACUCUCAGAAGCCCUGGAAGAACCAGACCAAACAUGGUCAUCAUAUUCCAGAUUCAGGUCCCUACCACCCACUGGUGGAGCCUCAGGUCACCCCUUCAUCUCUACAGCAAAAGCAGAAUGGGACUAGGGAGAACCAAGAUGCAAGUACUCCCCAACACUUAAGUCCCCCUCAGGCUCUGACUCGAGGCCCAGUUAUCACCCCCAACAUGCCCUCACUAGAAAUUUCAAGUCCUUCUUGCUCACUGGGCCUGUAUAGUAGUGGGGAAACUGUCCCAACUGUGAGUUCAUUGCCCUCUACUAACUCUGCUGUAGCCAGCACCGUAAAGAGCUGGAAAGCCACAGACUCUUCUGAGCUAAUCUCAGAAACCAAUCCAGCUCCAUCGACACAUCAGGGCUAUCGGGGAUCCCAGUUCCAGGGAACCCACCACCAACAAGAGGCCAAAACUCAGCGUAAGCCACCACCUUUACCCCACGAAGAUCAGGGCAGACCCCACUAUACCCAAAUAGUUUCCUCUGUUCCUUCUACUCUCAGCUCAGGGUUUCAGAGAUCAGGAAGUAGUGUCAUCACCAGCAGGGCCUCAAAUAACCUCCCGCAGGUUGCCAAUUCACCCCUUCACCACCCACAGUCUGCAGCACCCAACACUGUGAACACAGCUCCUCAGCCACACUCGGAUCCUUUGUACCCCAAGAUGCCUCACCAUGCAGCCCCAGCAGUGUCUCAGGUGCCCCCUGCCCAGGCAUAUCAAAAGCCAUGCCAGCAACCUGCCAUUUCCAGCCCAGAGUCUAUUGAAGAUACACUGAAAAAACUUGCCGAGUUGCAGGACCACAUGCAAGCUGAAGAGCGAAGGAGAGAACAGGAGGAAGAGGAGCAGAAACAGAAGAGGGAGAGGAAGGAAAUAAGUAUGAAGGUACAUGAGGAGUCUGCAAUUGAGAGCCUGGAGCGGUUGCUGUCAAAUAGUGCUACUGAUCCACCCCCUCCACGCCUAUCUCCAGCAAUUGCACCUUCCUCAGUGUCACCACCAAGCCAGACAUCGCCGCCCUGGCUGAGCCGGGGUGGAGUUCCUAAUCGUCCACCUGUGCCUGGCACAGCUUCCCUAGAAAGGUCUCGACCACCUCCUCUCACACCUCAAACAGACUAUGCCCGUGAGAAGCAAAGGCAGAGAGAGCAGUGGAACAGUAGAGCAUCGCUCAGUCCCCCUUCACAGAAUACCUCAGGGAUUCCAACACAUACAUACCCCUCCAAACCUACCCCAGCAGACUCCUCAAGUAACCAAACAAUACUAUCAACAUCUUGUCUAUCCAAAGACUCUCCCAUUCAAAAGAGCCCUCACGAGGUCAGGGCUAUGGGUGCUAUCCCCAACCCACCAAACUUACGAGAACCCCCUAAACUCUACCAGGCUUUCCCCAGGGACACUCUACCUUCUUGCCAACCAACAGGUACAAGUUCAGGCAAUCUCCACAAGAGUAUGCCCAGUGGUGGGCUAGGUAGUCUUGGCAGCAGUGCAAGUAGUUGCAGUGGGGAUUCAGAUAGUGCCCAGUUUGAAGAGGAACAAUCUGAGCUCUUCCCUGAUGGUUUGGCAAACAUCAUGAAGAUGUUAGAUGAGUCCAUUAAGAAAGAAGAGGAACUGUACUCUGGUCAAAGUGGCACACAGACCUGCUCAAAGCAGACAUUUUCUGUCACUGUGGCACCCAUGAAGAGUUACCUUGGUGCCCCUGACCUCAUGCCUGCCCUGAAACAACCAUCCUCUGAAGAUUAUCUGACAGACACCCAUGCUAGCCCCCCUGUCCUGAGUCGUCAGGGAUCUUUGGCAUCACCUUGCAGUCGUACCUCUUCACUUGAGGAAGAGGAGGAGAUGCUAAAGAUCAUCCCGAAGCCAGCCAAUACUCAGCAUCAAGAUAGUGGUGUUAGCAUCACAGGGACCAACUACCGCCAUAGUGACCUGGCCAAACUAUAUGGACUUCCAGAGGCAGUGAAGAGUGAAUGCGAGGAGGAUGAGGAAGAGGCAGAGCAAGAAGAUGAUACACCUUCCUGUUCCCCACCACAUAUGAGGCCACACCUGCAUCAGACAGGAGUGAACAGCAUGUUUAAAAACUUAGCAUCUGUGCUGGAGAGCCAGAAGUAUGCCUACCGUGGAGGGCCAUUCGGUCGGCCACCUCCCUCUGCCCUGGUAGGAGUGAAAUAUUCUUCCUCACUUUCACUGGGCCCAGAUAUCUGCAGACAACAAAGCACUUCUCCUACAUCAGGAUCAACUAGCCACCCAGGCUUUAGUAACCCAACCCAGGCCCCAACAAAUACUACCUCAGAACAGACCCAUCCUCAGUCACCAUCAGUAUGUGCUGCAGAGAGAAAAGGAGGGCCUCUGUCAAGUCAGUCUGAUCUUUCUGGACAUGAGAGCGAGGAAGGGAUGAGGAAGGGGCCUACAGAUAAAGAAGAUACUUGUGAUGUCAAGGUCUCCAAAGAGGUGGAAGGGAGGCCGAAGCUCAUGACCAUCUCAGAAUCAUCACUUGCAGAGUUGGGGCGCAGCUGUGAGGUGAUGUUAAACCGACACAAACUUCCUUCGAAAGCAUUAUUGGAUCACAGUAAGCCUGAGACUCAGGACAUGUACAAACCUGAGAAGGAGAAGGAUCGUAACCGUGAGAGAGAACGAGAGCGUGACCCAGAGAGGAAACACAAGCACAGUAGCAAAAAGCAUGAGGAGAGGAAAGAGAGAAAGAAAAAACACAGAGAAAGACGAGAAGAAAUGUCCCUCUCUUCUUCCUCCUCCUCAUCAUCAAGCUCCAGUCGGCGGCACAAAGAGGGCAAACCACACAAAGAGAAGAGGGGCAAUGUGGACCUUCAGAUUAAGGAAAUCCGGGAGAAAGACAGAGAACAAGAUGGAGAGAAAAAGAAAAGGAAAGAAGAAGGAAGUGAAAGAGAGGAAUGGGUGUCUUGGAACAAGGAGAAGAGUGGAAAUUCAUCAGAUCGUUCAUCAUCUUCAUCUGCACUAGGUUCAACAGACUUUCAGAAGCUGAAGGCUUUAACAGAUGGGCCACCCAAAGAGUUGAAGAUUCGCCUGAUUAAGGUGGAGAGCGGAGACAGAGAAACUUUCAUUGCCUCAGAGGUAGAGGAGAAGAGGAUUCCACUGCAGGAGAUCAGCAUCAAGAACACAGCCAGUGAGAUCAUCAGAUCUUGCAAGGCAGCCCGUGUAAAAGGGAAGUUUAAAGAGUCCUAUCUACUCCCAUCCUUUUCUGUGAAACCAGUUUUUCCCAUGGAGCAUCCAAUCCCACGGGAGAAACUCAACCCUCCCACACCCAGCAUCUAUCUGGAGAGCAAGAGAGAUGCCUUCUCUCCUGUGCUACUUCAGUUUUGCACAGACCCCAAGAACCCAAUUACAGUCAUUAGAGGACUGGCAGGCUCCCUGAGACUGAAUUUGGGGCUGUUCUCCACUAAAUCCCUAGUGGAAGCAAAUGCAGAUCAGGCAGUUGAGGUGAGAACUCAGGUGCAGCAGCCAGCUGAUGAGAACUGGGACCCCAGCGGCACAGGGCAAAUCUGGCCCUGUGAGAGCAGCCGUUCACAUACCACCAUAGCCAAAUAUGCCCAAUACCAGGCCUCCAGCUUCCAGGAGAGCCUCCAGGAAGAGAAAGGCAGUGAUGAUGAUGAUGAUGAUGAUGAGAAAAAGCCUGUCAGUAAUUCAGACAGCACAAACAGCAACUCCACAAAUUCAGGCUCCAGCCCAGAACAGAAAUCAGUGGGAAAAAUCAUCAAAUUUGGCACCAACAUCGACCUCUCUGAUCCAAAGAGGUGGAAGCCUCAGCUGCAGGAGCUACAGAAGUUGCCUGCAUUUAUGCGCGUGUCCUCCAGUGGUAAUAUGCUGAGUCAUGUUGGACACACCAUCCUAGGCAUGAACACCGUACAGCUCUACAUGAAAGUCCCCGGCAGUCGCACGCCAGGCCACCAGGAGAACAAUAAUUUCUGCUCUGUGAACAUUAACAUUGGCCCUGGAGACUGUGAGUGGUUUGCUGUCCAUGAUAACUACUGGAAGGCCAUCAGCGAUUUCUGUGAGAAGCACGGUGUGGACUAUUUGACAGGCUCGUGGUGGCCAGUGCUGGAGGAUCUCUACCGCUCCAAUAUCCCUGUAUACCGCUUCAUCCAGAGACCUGGGGACUUGGUGUGGAUCAAUGCAGGCACAGUGCACUGGGUCCAGGCUGUGGGCUGGUGCAAUAACAUUGCAUGGAAUGUAGGGCCACUUAAUGCGUACCAGUACCAGUUGGCCCUGGAAAGGUUUGAGUGGAAUGAAGUGAACAAAGUUAAGUCCAUCGUGCCCAUGAUCCAUGUGUCCUGGAACGUGGCCCGCACAGUCAAAGUUACUGACCCUGAUACUUACAAGAUGAUCAAACAUUGUCUCUUGCAGUCCUUGAAGCACAUUCAGAUCCUGAGAGGCCAACUGGUAGCUGCAGGAAAGAAGAUUUCUUACCAGAGCAGAGUAAAAGAUGAGCCAGCCUACUACUGCAAUGAGUGUGAUGUGGAGGUUUUUGAUCUGCUGUUUGUGACGAGUGAGAAUGGCAGUAAGAAGAUGUACGUGGUGCACUGUGAGGACUGUGCCAGGCAGCGCAGCCCCAACCUCUCUAAUGUAGUGGUGCUGGAACAAUACCGCAUAGAGGACCUGAUGAACACUUACGACUCCUUCAGUUUGGCCUCGGCCCCUAGCUCUCGGUGAAAUCCACUCUGCCACUCCCCCCCACCCCCCACAGCCAUAACCAAAACUCCUGCUUGCCAGGACAAGUUAUUUUAGCGAGAACUUUUCUUUUAUUUUUCCUACAUUUACAUUUUUAAAGUACUACUACUGCUAAUGCUUGUUGAACCGCCAAUCCUAAACCAGUUUACUCAGCAUUGUUUACAAUACCAAUCAGCCAAUAAGACUCCAGUUUACUAUCAGCAGCCCAACCUACCAACCUCUGACUGGCCCUGAGGGACUUAAAAUGGAACGAAGUUUGUGCUGCCGCGGUAAUGCUGCCAUUAUUUACGAUAAAAAUGGUAUCUCUGUAUUUGUUGCUUAUUGGUUCUGGUUUUCAUUUGAUUCUUUUGGGUCGUUCUCUUUCUGUCUUGAAUACUGAAAAGUGUAAAUGCUGUUUGUAUUUUUUGUGGGUGCUGUUUUUUUUCCUAAUUUAUUUUCAAAACUAGAACAGCCUAGAUAUAUACCACAUUGGCCUUGUGACUUGUAUUUAGUGAAGAGAUAAAUAAAUAAUACUAAUAAUAGAUAUAUAAACAUUUUUCUAAGGCAUUAAGAAUAAAAAAUAACAUUUGUUUGGUAUGGUUCAAAGCAUACGGGUUUAAAAGACUUUUUCAGUUUUAGAGACUGUCUAAAAAUAUUGUUUAUAAUAUGAUUUUAUUUCAUUGAAGAGAGAAAUCCAUCAUCAUGACAAAAGCAUUUUAAGAUUGCAUCGGGUCUUUUUUCCAUUUAUUUUUCCUGGUUUUUGUGAGAUUACAGUUUGUCAUCUGUUUAGUGAAUCGUUUUACCUCUCAUUCUUGCGUAAUAUACAGAUUUAUUCUCUUGAUUAUUUUUUUUUCCCAAUUGUACAUUUUAUUUAAUUUCUUUCUUCUAUUUAUUGGAUAUAAAAUGUCCCCUCCCCCUUUUUAGGGUUAUCAGAGAUUUCUAAGGUUUUCUAUUUUCUAGUUGAUCUAUAAGUUUUUAAGGAGCAAUUCAGAGGUGCUUAGUCCCUUAAACUCUUUUCAUGAUCUAUAUAUAUAUAUAUAUAUAUAAAUAUAUAUAAAGAACAUUAAUUCUUUAAUGACUAUGACUUCACUUUCCUGUAGAUUGUAGAACACAGAACAGAGGUAGUUUGUUUAAGUAAAAGCCGUAAAACCUUUCUUUUGUAUACGAGAGCAAAAAGCCACUUUUUCACUGACAUUAGCAGCAAAAAUUAAAUGCAAAUGAUACACUGCUGCGCAUUAUGGCCCCUAACUCACCCUGAUGGUUACUGUACCUUGUGGGGAAAAUGCAAAUAAAUACAGAGCUUUUUAAAGAAUCUACACAUUUAAUGGUGCUUGAAUUUGUUUUAAGUGUUGUCUAUGGGAAAACACAACAGCAAGGUCAACCAAGGCAUAAAUGGUUGUACAAAAUUUGACUGCAGUUGGUUGUGACAGACCAAUAAAUGAGGUUUUGGGUUUGUUUGUUUGUUUGUUUGUUUAAAAGAAAAUCACAUCAAACUGUAAAUACUGUGGCAUUUUACUGGAAUGAGGGUGUGUGAAUCGAAAUAUCCAUUUGACUGAUAAACUGUAAUUUCUUUUUUAAUUUUAGUCUUAAGCUUGAAUCAGUUAUUUCACAUAUGAAAACAUUGGUUACGAUUAUGAUAUAGAAGGUGCUGAGUUCUCUUUGAACUACUUUUUUUUUUUGUUUCUAAAAAAAUUCUAUUUUUCCUGUUGCAAUAUAAUCCUCUCUUCUUUUUGUGGUCAUUUAUUUAAAAUCUGCACUGUUUUAGAGAGUUCACACAGAAAGCAAACUGAGCCAGACUUGUCUUAAACACUUUGUGAAUUUGUGUGACAUUACUAUGAUUAUUAAUAUUAAAUGCUUUUGAUAAAC